AUGGGUCAAUGUAUUGGUGAAGAUUUGUAUAAUAUCAAGGAACCUAAAGUUCCCAGUAAUAUUGAAGGAUUUGAAGAAAGUGGCACUAGAGAAUUUGAGGGGAAUGGCACUGAAGAAUUUGAAAGAAGUAGUAUUGAGGAGUUUGAAGGAAGUAAUACCAAGGAAUCUAAAGGUAUAUCAAACAAGCUAAAAUAUUAA